UAAUGAAAUAAUUGUUGUCUCAAUUAAUAGAAUUUUGGGUUCCAUAAUUACUAAGCACUCUGUGAUUCUGAGAAAAAUUAAGGGGAUUCAAGAGGAUGAGAGAUUUUAGUUUCUGGGUACAAGGUGCUUUUGAUUUAAUCAUUAAGAAAGUGAAGCUUUUGGGUUCAUGAGAUUUUGUUUCUGUUGUGGGAGAACUUUUGGGUUCUUGAAAACUUGUAGACAUCAAUUAAUUCAAACCCGAGAUUUCAUAACUCUAUUAAUGACUCGAUAUUUCUCGGCCUCCAAACACCAAAGCUCCCUUCUUUCAACAAAUCAAACUUCCUUGUAUCCCCUCCAUCCAAAUCAAAAUCCUAAUCAUCCUUAACCACAAUUUUAAAAUCAUCAGGAAUGUCAUGGAAUUUGGAUGAUUUUGCAAGGCCAAGCCAUAAAAUUUAGACUUUGAGGAAGCUUUAAUCGAUUUCCAAAAGUAGAGAUAAAGUAUUUUUUUGCAAAAGCUCAUUGGUUAGGCACAGUGGCAGGGCUUUUGUGGGUUGAAUUGACGAAAGCCUCUGCUUGCGAGGUUGGGCUCCAAUGGGCCUAUUUCUUGUGCCUAACGAUGAAAACUCACAAGUUUCCCACUCACCCAACGUGCGCUGAAAACCCUAUCAAGGCAUUCUUCCUGUAACCUGCGACUGUGAGUGAAACCCCAAGUUUAAAACAAGAAGAAGUGAAACAAAUUGGAAGUCUGACGCAGAAGAAAACACUGAGGAUUGGGCAUGGCAUCUACUGAUGAAAGCAUCACUCUCAAAAGAAAGCAAUUAAUAGCAUCAGCUCUCAUCAAGCACCUAUCUUUAGAUCCUGGGGCUUCUUUGAGUGUCAGUGGCAAGGAUAGUAUUACGAGUUUGUACACAAACAUUUUGAAGUCAUCGGGAAAAUGUUCUCCACAGAAAGAAAAUAACGAGGUGAUGAAGUGGAUAGUGUUUGCAGAGAGUUUUCCUGUAGACUCUCAGGCGUGCUUUGAUGCUCUCUGUGGAUUCAAUCAAGACUUGGCUCAGAACUCUGUACUAUUGGGCAAUGGAACUACUCCUUCUGAGGCUGAUGUCAUUGUGUUUUCAGUAAUACAUUCUUCAGUGAUUGGCCUUUCACAUUUAGAGAGAGAAAAGUUGACACAUGUGAUGAGAUGGAUGGAUUACAUUCAGCACAAGGAGGAGUUUGUGGACCUAUUUGAAAAGAUAUUGCUUGAAAAGCCUGCAUUUGAGCCUCUGGGUAAAAGGGGUAUGGCUAAGGUUGAAGUGGAUUCAAAUGCAAAAAAGACACUGCAAAGCACAAAGAACACAGAAAAAUCAGAAGCGGAAAAGAAUAUAAAGAAAAAUGAUGCUGGGAAAAAGGUUACAGAAAAUAAGGAAUCUAUGCCAGAGAAAAAGAAACCAGCUGAAACAGAACCUGCUGAGAAAGAUAAAGAAGUAAGUGUUAGUUUGCUGAACAUACAGGUUGGACUUAUUCGCAAAGCAUGGAAACAUCCAUCUGCCGAUAGUUUAUUGGUUGAGGAGAUAGAUGUUGGGGAUGCAAAAUUGAGGCAGGUGGUCAGUGGUUUGGCAAAGUUUUGCAGUCCAGAUGAGUUGACGAAUCGUCACGUUGUGCUGAUAACUAAUGUAAAACCUGGAAAGCUACGUGACGUGAUGUCAGAAGGACUUGUCCUGUGUGCUUCUAAUGAGGAUCACACUGUUGUAGAGCCUUUGCUCCCUCCAGAAGGUGCCAAAAUUGGAGAACGCGUAUCAUUUUCAGGGAUUGAUGGUAAGCCAGAAGAUAUCCUAAAUCCAAAAAAGAAGCAGUUGGAGAAAAUAACACUGAAUCUUUUCACUGAUGACAAGGGUGUGGCCACAUUUAAGGGCAUACCAUUUAUGACAUCGGGUGGGCCAUGCACAUCAUCCAUUCCAAAGGCAAGCAUCAAAUGACAACGAUGAUCAAUUGGACCACAAUGAGCUUACUGUUUACUUGUUCCUAUCUGAGUUUUAGCUUUAAGCUCUAUUUGUUGUCUGGUACAAGAAAAUACAUGUUAAAACAGCCAUUGGUUUUGAAUCAUGUAGUAACAUGAAAUGGUUUCAAACUGUCUCAUUCAUUUGGGAUCUAACGUUAAACAAAAUUCAGCAAGGUAUGUUCUUAAUCACAUUACCAAUAUUUUUAUAUCAAAUAUCAAUAGAAAUUUUGAGGUGUCUUGCAA